CUUGGAUCAAGAAGAGCUACGCCUGAUCGACCGCAGCAACGUCGAAGACCGCCAAGCACAACUAGCAAAAGUUAAGGUCUAAAAAUACUACGUAGCACUACAUUGCCCUAAUUACAUUCUCCACUUCCACUAAGAGUGUCCUUGGCGGCCUUUUGUUAUCUCAACACGGCGAGAGUCUGAACUUGAAUAGGUCACAUCAAGGACGUUCCAGGACAGUUCUGAACAGGACUUCUAAUUUACUCAUAUCCUUGGUGGAUUUGGCGACGUACCGUCAAUCGGGGUAUCCGGUGUGGAGCGUGCCGAAUAUCGAAAAUCUGUACCAAGCCAACUCCUG